AUGAGCAUGCCGAAACCUAAUCCAGUAGCAGUUAGAGACCUCGUUGAGGAAGCGAAGAAACGAAUUGUGAUUCUCAUCGUUUGCGUUGUUGGACUCUCCUAUCUCAUGUCAUUGACAAGCUCCUCAGUUUGGGUCAACUUGCCUGCUGCAGCUUCCUUAAUUAUCAUUUUCCGUUAUUUAUCACUGGAUUAUGAAAUGAAGAGAAAAGCUGCAGCAUACAACAAUAAAGCAAGCUCCACCAAUAUUCAGUCUUCAAAGAAGCAUACCGAAAAUCCUAAAGCAGUUGCAAAAUUUGAGUGGCGAGCAAAAGUGAAUUCACCUGUUGUUGAGGAUGCAAUUGAUCACUUCACUAGGCAUCUGGUUUCUGAGUGGGUAACAGAUCUUUGGUACUCUCGCUUAACACCGGACAAAGAGGCUCCUGAGGAGUUGGUGCAACUAAUCAAUGGUGUACUUGGUGAAAUUUCAGGACGCAUGAGAAAUAUAAAUCUGAUUGAUUUUUUGAUAAGGGAUCUUGUUAAUCUCGUUUGCACUCAUUUGGAGCUGUUCCGUGCUUCUAUCUCCAAGAUUGAAAAACAACACACGGGUUCAUUGACAAUUGAAAGUCGAGAUACAGAACUGAAGAUUGUGUUGGCGGCAGAAAACAAAUUGCAUCCUGCUUUAUUCUCUUCUGAAGCUGAGCACAAGGUUUUGCAGCAUCUAAUGAAUGGUCUUAUGUCCGUCACUUUCAAGUCGGAGGAUUUGCAGUGUUCUUUCUUUCGAUACACUGUCAGGGAGCUUCUUGCAUGUACUGUAAUACGACCUGUUCUAAAUUUAGCCAAUCCAAGAUUUAUUAAUGAAAGAAUUGAGUCUGUGGUAAUUAAUAAGACCAAGACUAACAAGGGGGUUGAUGCAGCUCAAGGGGUAUCCCACACUAAAGCAGAUGAGCCACAAACUUCAUCUGACCAUUUUUCCAAGUGUUUAGAUCCUUCUGUUACUGGUGUUGAGCUUACACAGCUAAAAAACAGUCAAUCCAGAAAUGCAGAGACGCCUGCAGAAAGAAAUGCUUCUGAUAACCUUGCUAGGGACCCGUUGCUUUCAAUUGAUACUCGAUCUUCCCGUACAUGGAACUCUUUACCUGGAAACUCUCAAAGUAAUGGUGACCAAGGUGUUCAACAACAUCGCUCUGGAGGAGAGUGGGGAGAUAUUUUAGAUGUCGUCUCUCGUAGAAAGACCCAAACUCUUGCUCCAGAACAUUUUGAGAAUGUGUGGGCAAAGGGAAAAAAUUACAAGAAAAAGGAUGGAGAGAACCAAUCGAAUGAGCGAGCCCCACAACAUCCCCCAAUAGAAAAAUCACCCAAGGUAAAUCAUAUUAAGGCAAUAUCUGGACCCAAAGAAAAAGUUACUAGAUUGAAGCUUAAUUCCUCUACAGGAUGUGACACUAAUUCUGGAUACAGCAGGCAAUUAACUGUUGAAAAUCCAACCUUUCGUACAGACAAAAAUGGAUCAACUCGUUCUUCAGUUACCUCGUAUAAAGCUGAUGAACACAACCACAUUAAUAUGCAUACCAGUGAAUCAGAGAGCAAUACUUCAUAUACUUCUGAAGAUGAUGAAACUAGUAAUGUUACAGGUCUAGGUUCCCCUGGAACUAAGGUUUGGGAUGGAAGAAGUAUCAGAAACCAGGCUGUUUCAUAUGUUCAUCACCCACUUGAAAAUUUUGAUAAUCACAGUACAAAGAAAAGGAAUAAAAACCGUUCCCGCUACCCGAGACCAUUCAGAAGUCAAUCUGGCAGUAAAAGGUCUAGAUCAAGCGAUCACAAGACACAGAUGUGGCAGGAAGUUGAGAGAUCAAGUUUUUUAUCUGGUGAUGGUCAAGACAUACUUGGCUCUUCAAAAUCACAUGUGAAUUCUGACGAGUCCUCCGAUGAGGUUGAUUUUGAAAGUUUGGGUAGAAUUUAUAGUGGAGCAGCUGCCUCUUCUUCAUCCUCUAUAUCUAAACCAGAAUCUUGUAGUUUGGUUGUUAAUCCUCUGAUAAGUUCUUCCGUAGAUUCCUUUUACAAGUUGAGAUGUGAGGUCUUGGGUGCAAACAUUGUGAAGAGUGGUUCAAGAACAUUUGCCGUUUACUCCAUAUCCGUUACAGAUGUAAACAAUAACAGCUGGUCAAUUAAAAGAAGGUUUCGUCAUUUUGAAGAGCUGCAUCGGCGCCUGAAAGAGUUCCCUGAGUAUAAUCUUCAUUUGCCACCAAAACAUUUUCUGUCAACUGGUUUAGAUGUAGCAGUCAUUCAAGAGCGGUGUGAAUCGCUUGAUAAAUAUUUGAAGAAACUGAUGCAGCUACCUAAAGUUUCAGAAUCAAUUGAAUUAUGGGACUUUCUGAGUGUUGACUCUCAGACCUACAUAUUCUCAAAUUCUUUUUCUAUCAUGGAAACAUUACCAGUUGGCCUGGACUCUAAAUCAUCUGAGAAGACUAAAAUCAGUUCCCCUGUUUCUGCAUCCGGAAGUGACCCUUUUGCCUUUCAGAGGGAAAACUAUAGUUCUGAAAGUAAAGAGUCUGUUUUGCGAAGAAGAAAUAAUCCUGUCGAUAAUGGAUUGAGGCCAAAAUUAAAUAGCAUGCCUCUUUCUCUACCGGCAAAAAAGAAUACACAGGAAUCGAGACAGUCAUUUGACAAUUCUGCAAGCAAUGCAGAUAUUCUAGCACGGAAGAGUGCACCUUCUUCCAAUAACCCGCAGAAAUCAGUGAAAGGAAGAGAUAGGUCAGAUGAGGUCUCUGAUGUGAACCGUGAUACUGCUGACACUCUUCCAACAGAGUGGGUGCCACCAAAUUUAAGUGUACCCAUAUUGGAUCUCGUUGAUGUUAUAUUCCAGCUGCAGGACGGUGGAUGGAUUAGGAGGCAAGCUUUCUGGGUUGCAAAACAAGUCUUACAACUAGGGAUGGGCGAUGCCUUAGAUGAUUGGUUGUUAGAGAAAAUUCUGCUUCUCCGAAAGGGAUCAGUGAUUGCUUCAGGGGUCACACGAGUUGAGCAAAUACUCUGGCCUGAUGGAAUUUUCUUAACCAAGCAUCCAAAUCGACGGCCACCGCCUACCAGUCCAUCGCAGAAUUCACCUAAGAGUCAUCAACCUACACCAGUAUCUUCUCCAAGGAUGGGUGAUGAGCAACAAGAGGCAGAUCGGCGUGCAAAGUUUGUAUACGAGCUAAUGAUUGAUCAAGCACCACCAGCAAUUGUAGGUCUUGUUGGAAAGAAGGAAUAUGAACAAUGUGCAAGGGAUCUUUAUUUUUUCCUUCAGUCAUCUGUUUGCUUGAAACUGCUGGCUUUUGACCUCCUGGAGAUGCUGCUUUUGUCAGCAUUUCCAGAACUUGACGAUGUAUUCAAGCAGCUGCAUGAAGAAAAACAUAAAUUUGGUGAGCUGGUAAAGUAA